AUGCUACUUUAGACCUGAGCACCACACAUAGAAUUCUGAGUAGGGAUGAGAGGAGAGGCGUUGGGGGAGGUCACUGCUGACUUCCAAGUGUCCUCACUGGAGGCUGGCCAUGCCAACUAGCUGGGUACAUGCCCAGAAGGUGUGCUUGAAACUCACUGGAGUGUGAAUUUAGUCAGCUGCUCUGUAGCAGCCCAGCCCCCAUCUGCCCUCCCAACCUUGGGUAUCCAUUCCAGCUCUGUAGGGCCCCUGGACCACAUGUCAGAGGUCCCCAUGUGGCCUGCAAUUGGACACUAUUUUUCCUAACAUGGCACAGUCCCUAUACGUUAGUACAGAAGAGGACACUAGAGUCCCUGGAGCUGCAUUCACAGGUGGAUAUGAGGCAGCCAACUUGGAUGCUAGGAACCAAACUCAGGCCCUCUGAACAAGCACCAAGCACCCUGGUCUGCUGAGCUCUCUCUCUAGACCCAAGCUCCACUUUUCUUACCUUCAACUAAAUAUAUUUAAUGUAUUUUAAUUCAUGCUCUUAAAUUCUAAGUAGUUACCCUUUCUGUUGGAAUUACGCUGCAGCUAUGAAUAAGUUUCGGGUGCUUGAAAGUUUUCAAAGGAGUAAUUUUUUAGGGGUUCCAGUUUGCACUGCUGAUUUCUAACCUCAUUACGCUGUGGUAACUCACAGCGUUGGUUUUGUUUCACCUGAGGGAUGCAGUUUGAGGUCAGUCACUGCGUAACCAGGCAGGCCUGCAACCUGCUGUGUAACCCACACUAGCCUCAAAUUCUCCAUUCUUUUGCCUCAGCCUCCCAAAUGCUAGGAUUACAGGCAUCUGUCACCAUACCUGGUUUAAGAUAUCCUUUUCCAAGGCUAUUUAUGGGAACAUGAUUUAUACACUAAGUCAUACGUUAGAAUUUUCACCUGUAAAUUUGUGUUUAAAAAAAAUGACUCUUCUGCUCAUAGGGUGCUGUAUUCCUAAAGUAGCUGUUAGUUUGGGUUGGUCAGCUGCCCUGCUUACUUCUGGCUGUUUCGCUGCUUGGCAGAGUUAACGUCCAACCAGUCCCAUUCUGCCUGGGUCCAAGACACGAAAAUACCCAGUGAGGACUGGUUACUUUGGUGUGGUCCAUAAAAUGUCCCCAGGCCAUAGGAGACAUAGCAGCUUCUUCAUUGCCACAAACAAGGCUGGUUUAUAAGAGUUAACAAUUAUAUAGUCCCUGCUUCAUUAGCCUGUAUAACCCAGGCCCAGGUCCCCUUGAUCAUCCUGGCUGUUCUGGGGUGGAUAUUUAUGCUGUACCAUUAUCGAAGAAUGGAAUUGUGGGAUGUCCUUAAGAAGGACACGGGUAUCACGUGUCACAUUACUUCCCAGAGUUGUGCUUCUCCACCGCUCAUGUGGAGACACAGUCUAACUUGGGCGAGGUUCGGCCAAGACGUCCUCAAAAUGUAUUUAUUAUUUAAUUUAUUAUUUUUGUGUGUACAUGGUGUAGCGGUGUCCGGCUCAUGCCAUGGUGGGUGCCUUUACCCACUGAGCCAUCUCGCUGACUGUGAGACUCAGACCUUAAAGGCGUAGGUAGAAGAUACCCAGGAGGAAGUGACCUUGGUGACCCUUGACCCAGACAGAGGCUCAGACAGGGUGAGGACAAAGAAAAUAUUUUGAAUGUCCCUGAAAUUCUCCCUUGUCGUUUCUCUCCCUCCCUCUCCAUCAGUGUGGGAAACAGACGACGCAGCCAUGACCACCCACGUCACUUUGGAAGAUGCCCUGUCCAACGUGGACCUGCUGGAGGAACUGCCCCUCCCAGACCAGCAGCCAUGCAUCGAGCCUCCGCCGUCCUCCAUUAUGUACCAGGCUAACUUCGACACGAACUUCGAGGAUAGGAAUGCAUUUGUCACGGGCAUUGCAAGGUACAUUGAGCAGGCAACGGUCCACUCCAGCAUGAAUGAAAUGCUGGAGGAGGGUCACGACUACGCGGUCAUGCUGUACACCUGGCGCAGCUGCUCCCGGGCCAUCCCGCAGGUGAAGUGCAAUGAGCAGCCCAAUCGGGUAGAGAUCUACGAGAAGACGGUGGAGGUGCUGGAGCCAGAGGUCACCAAGCUCAUGAAGUUCAUGUACUUUCAGCGCAAAGCCAUCGAGCGUUUCUGCAGUGAGGUGAAGCGACUGUGCCACGCUGAGCGCAGGAAGGACUUUGUCUCCGAGGCCUACCUGCUGACCCUGGGCAAGUUCAUCAACAUGUUUGCCGUCUUGGAUGAGCUCAAAAACAUGAAGUGCAGUGUCAAGAACGACCACUCUGCCUACAAGAGAGCGGCCCAGUUCCUAAGGAAGAUGGCGGACCCCCAGUCCAUCCAGGAAUCUCAGAACCUGUCCAUGUUCCUGGCCAAUCACAACAGGAUCACCCAGUGUCUUCACCAGCAACUGGAAGUGAUCCCGGGCUAUGAGGAGCUGCUGGCAGACAUUGUCAAUAUUUGUGUUGAUUACUAUGAGAAUAAGAUGUACCUGACACCCAGCGAGAAGCACAUGCUCCUCAAGGUGAUGGGCUUUGGCCUCUAUCUGAUGGAUGGAAAUGUCAGUAAUAUUUACAAGCUGGAUGCCAAGAAGAGAAUCAACCUUAGCAAAAUCGAUAAGUUCUUUAAGCAGCUGCAGGUGGUACCCCUUUUCGGCGACAUGCAGAUAGAGCUGGCCAGAUACAUUAAGACCAGUGCUCACUAUGAAGAGAACAAGUCCAAGUGGACGUGCACCCAGAGCAGCAUCAGCCCCCAGUACAACAUCUGCGAGCAGAUGGUUCAGAUCCGGGACGACCACAUCCGCUUCAUCUCUGAGCUGGCCCGCUACAGCAACAGCGAGGUGGUGACAGGCUCAGGGCUGGACAGCCAGAAGUCCGAUGAAGAGUACCGGGAGCUUUUUGACCUGGCCCUGCGAGGCCUACAGCUGCUAUCCAAGUGGAGCGCCCACGUCAUGGAGGUGUACUCUUGGAAGCUGGUUCACCCCACAGACAAGUUCUGCAACAAGGACUGCCCGGGCACCGCGGAAGAGUACGAGAGAGCCACGCGCUACAAUUACACCAGCGAGGAGAAGUUUGCUUUUGUGGAGGUGAUCGCCAUGAUCAAGGGUUUGCAGGUGCUCAUGGGGAGGAUGGAGAGUGUCUUCAACCAGGCCAUCCGCAACACUAUCUACGCAGCCCUGCAGGACUUCGCCCAGGUGACACUGCGGGAGCCGUUGCGGCAAGCAGUUCGCAAGAAAAAGAAUGUCCUUAUCAGUGUUCUGCAGGCCAUUCGAAAGACCAUCUGUGACUGGGAGGGAGGCCGAGAGCCCCCCAAUGACCCAUGCUUAAGAGGGGAGAAGGACCCCAAAGGUGGCUUUGACAUCAAGGUGCCCCGCCGUGCUGUGGGGCCGUCCAGCACACAGGCCUGCCAGUGGUCCCCGAGGGCUUUGUUUCAGCCCACUGGUGGCACACAGGGCCGAAGAGGCUGCCGAUCCCUGCUGUACAUGGUGCGCACCAUGCUCGAGUCGCUCAUCGCAGACAAGAGCGGCUCCAAGAAGACGCUCAGAAGCAGCCUGGAUGGCCCUAUCGUCCUUGCCAUCGAGGACUUCCACAAGCAGUCAUUCUUCUUCACACACUUGCUCAACAUCAGCGAAGCUCUUCAGCAGUGCUGUGACCUCUCCCAGCUCUGGUUCCGAGAAUUCUUCCUGGAGUUGACCAUGGGCCGGCGCAUCCAGUUCCCAAUUGAGAUGUCCAUGCCCUGGAUUCUAACGGACCAUAUUCUGGAAACCAAAGAACCUUCCAUGAUGGAGUAUGUCCUCUACCCCUUGGAUCUGUACAACGACAGCGCCUACUAUGCGCUCACCAAGUUCAAAAAGCAGUUCCUGUAUGACGAGAUCGAAGCAGAGGUGAACCUGUGUUUUGAUCAGUUUGUCUACAAGCUGGCUGACCAGAUCUUUGCCUACUACAAAGCCAUGGCCGGCAGUGUCCUGCUGGACAAACGUUUUAGAGCUGAAUGUAAGAACUAUGGAGUGAUCAUUCCGUACCCGCCAUCUAACCGCUACGAGACACUGCUGAAACAGAGACACGUCCAGCUGUUGGGUAGAUCAAUUGACUUGAACAGACUCAUCACGCAGCGGAUCUCUGCCGCCAUGUACAAAUCCUUGGACCAGGCAAUCAGCCGCUUCGAGAGCGAAGACCUGACCUCCAUUGUGGAGCUAGAGUGGCUUCUGGAAAUUAACCGGCUCACACACCGACUCCUCUGUAAGCACAUGACGCUAGACAGCUUCGACGCCAUGUUCCGAGAAGCCAAUCAUAAUGUGUCUGCCCCCUAUGGCCGCAUCACCCUGCAUGUCUUCUGGGAGCUGAACUUUGACUUCCUCCCCAACUACUGCUAUAAUGGCUCCACCAACCGCUUUGUCCGCACUGCCAUCCCUUUCACCCAAGAACCACAACGGGAUAAGCCCGCCAAUGUCCAGCCUUACUACCUCUACGGAUCCAAGCCUCUCAACAUUGCCUACAGCCACAUCUACAGCUCCUACCGCAACUUUGUGGGGCCCCCUCACUUCAAAACCAUCUGCAGACUGCUGGGCUACCAGGGCAUCGCCGUGGUCAUGGAGGAACUGCUGAAAAUCGUCAAGAGCUUGCUCCAGGGCACCAUUCUGCAGUACGUGAAGACACUCAUAGAGGUGAUGCCUAAAAUAUGCCGUUUGCCUCGUCACGAGUAUGGCUCUCCAGGGAUCCUGGAGUUCUUCCACCACCAACUGAAGGACAUCAUCGAGUAUGCAGAACUCAAAACAGACGUGUUCCAGAGUCUCAGAGAGGUGGGCAAUGCCAUCCUGUUCUGCCUCCUCAUAGAGCAAGCUCUGUCUCAGGAGGAAGUCUGUGAUUUGCUCCAUGCCGCACCCUUCCAAAACAUCCUGCCUCGGGUCUAUAUCAAAGAGGGGGAGCGUCUGGAAGUCCGGAUGAAACGCCUCGAGGCCAAGUACGCCCCACUUCACCUGGUCCCCCUGAUAGAGCGACUGGGGACGCCUCAGCAAAUUGCCAUCGCUCGGGAGGGUGACCUGCUGACCAAGGAGCGGCUCUGCUGUGGCCUGUCCAUGUUCGAGGUUAUCCUGACCCGAAUUCGGAGCUACCUGCAGGACCCCAUCUGGAGGGGCCCGCCACCCACCAAUGGCGUCAUGCACGUGGAUGAGUGUGUUGAGUUCCACCGGCUGUGGAGCGCCAUGCAGUUUGUCUACUGCAUCCCUGUGGGGACGAACGAGUUCACAGCUGAGCAGUGCUUCGGUGACGGCUUGAACUGGGCCGGCUGCUCCAUCAUUGUCUUGCUGGGCCAGCAACGGCGCUUUGACCUGUUUGAUUUCUGUUACCAUCUGCUGAAGGUGCAGCGACAGGACGGGAAGGAUGAGAUCAUUAAGAAUGUGCCCCUGAAGAAGAUGGCCGACCGCAUCAGGAAGUACCAGAUCUUGAACAAUGAGGUUUUUGCCAUUCUGAACAAGUACAUGAAGUCCGUGGAGACAGACAGCUCCACGGUAGAGCACGUACGCUGCUUCCAGCCCCCGAUCCACCAGUCACUGGCCACCACCUGCUAGGUAGGAAAUCCUGCAGACCUUCAACCCGGAGGAGGAGGAGGAGAAGCAGGAAGAGAGAACACAGUGGUCAGCCUGCAGCAGGUCCAGCUGACAGUGUGGGGGACAGGCCUGGAAGGAAAAGAAAAACCUCUCCAACACAUCUAUACCACUCCCAAGGGCUGGGCUCCUGCAUGCUCUCCCAUGAUAUCUCCAUGGUGGGUUUCUCCAUAGUGUAAAUGAAAAAAACAACAAAAACACA